AAUACUCAGCGACGCACACUGUUUCUCUCUCCUGAAGUUUCACCGACCUCAAGAUUUUCCCGGAAAAUUGAAGAAAAUUCUGAAGGAAAAAUCUGUGCUAGGGUUUAGGGUUUCGGAGUCGGAGUGGAGAUGUCUCAGACGGGGAAACUGAUGCCGAAUCUCGAUCAACAUAGUACCAAGCUCCUCAAUCUCACCGUUCUUCAGAGAAUGGAUCCUUACAUCGAAGAGAUUCUGAUAACGGCGGCGCAUGUUACCUUUUACGAAUUCAAUAUUGAGCUCAAUCAAUGGAGUCGCAAAGACGUUGAAGGAUCUCUCUUUGUCGUGAAGAGGAACUCACAACCCCGGUUCCAGUUCAUUGUAAUGAACCGAAGAAACACAGAUAAUCUAGUGGAGAAUCUCUUAGGGGAUUUUGAGUAUGAUGUUCAGGUUCCAUAUUUACUGUACCGAAAUGCUGCCCAGGACGUCAAUGGUAUUUGGUUUUACAAUUCACGUGAAUGUGAGGAAGUUGCAAAUCUCUUUAGUAGGAUACUUAAUGCAUACUCAAAGGUUCCUCCAAAGCCCAAAUUAUCUUCAAGCAAAAGUGAGUUUGAAGAACUUGAAGCUGUUCCAACAAUGGCAGUCAUGGAAGGCAUGCUGGAGCCAUCAUCAACUGCUUCUGCCACCACAGAUGCUCCUGAAGAUUCUACAUUUGUAAACUUCUUUGGUGCAGCUAUGAACAUCGGAAGUAACACUUCAAAUGUGGCAAAUUCAGGACAAUCUUAUCAGCCGUCUAUAACUGUUCCUUCAUUUUCCCAUGCACCAAGUGUUGUUCCUUCCCCGGUUCCAACCUUGCAAGUACCAUCCCUACCUCGGUCAGCUUCUUCCACUCCGCCAUUGCCUAUCCAUGAAACUCCAGACCCAAUCAGCAGCAGCAACCUGGCAACUAACCUCGUGAAGCCCUCUUCUUUCUUUGCACCACCUUCUUCCUCGUCCGCAUUGAUCAUGCCACCUAUGUCUUCGUCUAUGCCAACUGCUGGUCUUCAUCCUCCCUUGAAUCUGCAACGCCCAUACGGUGCUCCAAUGCUUCAACCCUUUCCACCACCUGCUCCCCCAGCCUCUCUUACUCCUACUUCUUCUCCUUCUCCAAAUUACGGACCAGUUAUAAACAGAGACAAAGUUCGUGAUGCUCUUUUAUUGCUCGCUCAGGACAAUCAAUUCAUUGACAUGGUCCACCAAGCGUUGCUGAAGUUGCUUACUUCUUGAGUAGUUUAAAGACUCGGUGAUGCCUUCCCUCUGCAGAUUUUCACGGAGUACAGAAUGCAAGUAAGAUUAGUUCUGCAUAUAUCUGCCUUUUUGCUAAGUCUUUAGAUUUAAUGGUAGGAUAAUGAUUUCCAGUGUAAGGGAACUGCUAAAGCAUCAGUGUGUCAUAAGCCCUUUAUGUUUGCUGUGCUGAGGAGUUGCUGGAUCACUUGGAAGAGUUGGAAGAACGGUACUCACCUGUUUGGACCCAUCUGUUUCUUGCUCUUCCUAUAAAUCAAAUGUUAGUAAUUGUAGGAAUAGUGUUUUCUCAAUUUCCAGUUCUCUGUAUGAUGUCAGUUUAGGUUGUGGAAUGUGGUAGUUGUGUAUUCAAACCCACGUUAAUUAAGUAAUCAAGUUGUUGAAAUAGUGAUUGGACCACAUUUAACACUCACAGAAGGAACUUCCUGUGAGAGAUUGAAGAUUUUGAAGGCGCAUGAUCGUUUGGAAGUGAAUGCAUCUGAUCCUGGGAGAGGCGCCUUUGUGAUAGUAUCUUUCUGACACAUUUUAAGGGCUUAUUUGAUAUUUCUAUCAUGCUUUCAGAGGAAUUUUAAUGUCAUGCUACUUUGUUGUUUCUUUUUAA